AUGAAGGCGACGGUCAAGGGCCGCUACGAGGGCGACAAGGCCACCGCGGCCGCCACGCUCGCGCUCGCCGCCGCCGGCGACCUCCGCCUCCGCGCCUCCGCCACCGACGCCGCCUUCGCCGCCGGCCCCUCCCUCGACGGCCUCACCCUCACCCUCGAGAAGCCCGGCGCCUUCCUCCUCGACCUCAAGCCCCACAACCAGGAUGUGCGCUUCCAGUUCAUGAACUCGGCGACGGUGCUCGACAAGCGGGUCAGCCUCACCUACACGCACUCCACCUCCCUCGCGCCCGCCGCGCCCAAGCCCGCCAUCCCGGCCCCGGCCGCCGGCGCCGCGCCCGCGCCCCCGCCUAAGGGGCCGCCUCCCGGCCGCACGGCGCUCGACCUCUCCAUCGCCUUCGACCCCGCCAACAAGGUCAGCGUCUCCCACGCGCUCGGCGGGGGCGGCUGCCGGGUCAAGUACACCUACGCGCACGGCGCCGGCCGCCUCACCACCAUCGAGCCCGUCUACGACACCGCCAAGAACGCCUGGGAGUUCGCCGUCGCCAGGAAGUUCGACGCCGGGGACGUCGUCAGGGGCACCUACCAGGCCUCCACCAAGCAGCUCGGGCUCGAGUGGACCAGGAGCUCCAGCAUCGGCGGCUCCUUCAAGGUUGCGACGACGUUCGAUCUGUCCGAUCAAAGCAAAGCACCGAAGCUCGUAGCGGAGAGCACGUGGAACUAUGAGAUCUGA